AGCGUUAGUGUGAGUAAUUUCAGCGUAGACCCGGUUUGCGGGGAACGUGCCGAUUUAGUUGUCUAGAUAUAUUCGACGAAGUUCGAUAGCGAUAAAUUCCAGUAAACUAUUACUAGGUUCAUAACCACUUUUCGAAUUGAGAAGCGAGUUUACUGUUAAUAGCAACUCUGUACAAUUUUGAUCAAAAAUAUCCCCAAAUGUCUGACGCACAGCUUCUUGAAGAACCUCAAAUCACCUACGAUGUUGAAGAAACACGACAUGAAAUCAAGACAGAGAGAUGUGGAAUUAUCACAGUUUUUGUCAUGGGCUCCACAAAAGGGAUGACAGACAACACUCCAGUAUUUCUAACUGUGCAUGACAUGGGCUGUAAUCACACAGAAUUCCACAGUUUUACUGAACAUCCAUCCAUGGCAAGGAUAAAAUCUCGUUCUGUUUUUAUUCAUGUUGAGAUUCCCGGGCAGGAACAUGAUGCCCCAGACCUACCAGUGGGCCACAAUUUUCCUUACAUUGGAAUUCAGAAUUGUUAA